AUGAAGAGCCUGAAGAGGAUAGCAGCCGUGGCCUGGAGGAAGAGGAAGAGGAAGAUGACGAAGAAGAAGAAGAAGAAGAAGAAGAAGAAGAAGAAGAAGAAGAAGAAGAAGAAGAAGAAGAAGAAGAAGAAGAAGAAGAAGAAGAAGAAGAAGAAGAAGAAGAAGAAGAAGAAGAAGAAGAAGAAGAAGAAGAAGAAGAAGAAGAAGAAGAAGAAGAAGAAGAAGAAGAAGAAGAAGAAGAAGAAGAAGAAGAAGAAGAAGAAGAAGAAGAAGAAGAAGAAGAAGAAGAAGAAGAAGAAGAAGAAGAAGAAGAAGAAGAAGAAGAAGAAGAAGAAGAAGAAGAAGAAGAAGAAGAAGAAGAAGAAGAAGAAGAAGAAGAAGAAGAAGAAGAAGAAGAAGAAGAAGAAGAAGAAGAAGAAGAAGAAGAAGAAGAAGAAGAAGAAGAAGAAGAAGAAGAAGAAGAAGAAGAAGAAGAAGAAGAAGAAGAAGAAGAAGAAGAAGAAGAAGAAGAAGAAGAAGAAGAAGAAGAAGAAGAAGAAGAAGAAGAAGAAGAAGAAGAAGAAGAAGAAGAAGAAGAAGAAGAAGAAGAAGAAGAAGAAGAAGAAGAAGAAGAAGAAGAAGAAGAAGAAGAAGAAGAAGAAGAAGAAGAAGAAGAAGAAGAAGAAGAAGAAGAAGAAGAAGAAGAAGAAGAAGAAGAAGAAGAAGAAGAUGAUGAUGCAGUCUUUAACCAAGAUGUCGAUAUUCUUCGACAGAAUGAAGAAUGGUGGAGUACGUGAUGCGACAAACUUCUCAUCUUUCUCCCUCAGAACGGAACAGCUGACAAGAAAAAUCUUAGAAACCCACAAGGACAGGCCUGUCUGCCUCAAUGCCCGAGGCUACAAAUGCGCAGGUCCGGGCAUCGAGACCAAUGGGCUUAUAUUUGAACCUCGUGGUCGAAAGGUUCCUACGUUGUCGCUGAACAGCAGAUGCGUGAAAUGUCACGCAGAGAUGAGGAUGAGGCAACUCACAAAGAGAUUUGACUCGCCUCAGAAGCUCGAUUUUGACCUGGCCAAACUUGGAGAUGAGUUCGCAACUGCUGCAUCAGAGCGUUGGAGUUAUCCCUUGCAGUAUGCACGGUAUGAAACCGCAGUGCGGAAACCCAUCAGGGACAUGCGGCGCAACGGGCAAUAUACUGGUCCACGAAAGUUCGUGAUCAUCGAUACUGAAUUCAAUACCACGACUCGUGAGCUAUAUGAAACGGCCAUCAUCGAUCGGGUAACAGGUGAGGUGUUAAUCAACACUGUUAUCAGACACACCGACGCCACCAAGACUGCACCACUCCCUCCAGGUACUGUCGGGGAGAAGAUGGAAUACAUCGCAAACCAGCACAGGAAAAAGUUCUACCCUCCCGGUUGA